GGAAGUUAACAGCACGCCAUCGAUGGUCAGCAGCGAGUGAUCAGACGUUAAAAGAGAGCUAUCAGAGGUUAAUCAGAGGUCAAUCAGAGGUUAAUCAGAGGUUAAUCAGAGGUCAAUCAGAGGUUAAUCAGAGGUUAAUCAGAGGUUAAUCAAAGGUUAAUCAAAGGUUAAUCAGAGGUUAACAGAGGGAGACUUCAUUAGCAGCAGCUAUUGCUUAGGCCUCUGGAGAGGUUUGGCCGCCAUUGUCAUUGGGUUCCCUCUUUUUUCUCUUUUUUCUCGCAGUGAUUAGCAUAUGCGUCUCUGUGUCAUAGCUGAGCUUCAUAGUCAAAGGGGGGCCACAUGUUAGCAUAUGCGUCUCUGUGUCAUAGCUGAGCUUCGUAGGCGUAGCGUAUUGCUGGGAAAGAAGAAGAAGAAGAGCGUAUUGCUGCCAGUUGGCACGUUGUUGAUUUAAAGGAGGGGGCUUGACACUACCGUCCCCACUGCCAUCGCCAUGCGACAUUGAUCCCCCCUCUAGCUGCAAAAGAAUAGCAGCCAGAAGCAGCAUCAGCAUCAGCAUCAGCAUCAGCAACAGAAGCAGCAACAGAAGCAGCAAUAGCAGCAGCAAUAGCAGCAGCAAUAGCAGCAGCAGCAGCAGAAGCAGCAGCAGAAGCAGCAGCAGAAGCAGCAAUAGCAGCAAUAGCAAUAGCCAUAGCAAUAGUAGCGGAAUAGCAGCUAAGCAGUAGAAGCAGCAGCAGCAAUAGCAGCUAAGCUCCAAAAGAAUAGGAGCCAGAAGCAGCAUCAGCAUCAGCAUCAGCAUCAGCAUCAGCAUCAGCAACAGAAGCAGCAACAGAAGCAGCAAUAGCAGCUAAGCAGUAGAAGCAGCAGCAGCAAUAGCAGCAGCAGCAGCAGCAGCGAUACAGCAAUAUCGGUAGCCAAAGCAGCAUCAGCGUCAGCAUCAGCAUCAGCAAGAAGCAGCAAUAGCAGCAGCAAUAGCAGCAGCAGCAGUAGAAGCAGCAAUAGCAAUAGCAAUAGCAAUAGCAAUAGCAAUAGGAAUAGCCGUAGCAAUAGCAGCAGCAAUAGCAGCUAAGCAGUAGAAGCAGCAGCAGCAGUAGCAGCAGCAGCGAUACAGCAAUAGCAGUAGCCAAAGCAGCAACAACUGCAAAGCGGCAUUGGUAGAGAAGAAGAUGUUGCGUGCUGCAGGCUGUAUUCGUGCCGUUAGGGGGGCGCUUCGCCUUCGGGCCGCUGCACCUGCUAAAGGAGGAAAGAAGGCGAAAGAAGCCGCAUCCGGCGGGCCUCCCCCCGUGAGCUUAGAGCUGAGAUCGAAAUUUACAGUUGGCGCUAACAUUAUGAAAGACGGUUCUGAUCCUCCUUUGAAAGACGACAGCGAGUAUCCCGACUGGCUGUGGACAUUGCUCGACAAGCAACCGACGCUGAGCGAGCUGCAGCGCAAGGACAUCGAUGCCAUGGAAGAGAAGGAGAUCAUGCGGCUGCUGAAGCUCGACAACAGGAAAAAGAUCAAGGAAGAGAAUGGUUUACAUGCCAAGAAUUAAUUUUUUUUCAAAACGAAGUUAUAGAAGGGCAUACUCACACCAGGACUCUCACGAAUGAAUGCAUGAAUGGGUU